AACGGCAGGCUGAUCACAGUUCUCACGGGGUGUUCCACUGAAGCACAACGAAUAGUUUCCUCGCGGAGCAAGAUGGUCCGACACGUGUUCAUGGUUUUCGCGCUCAGCACGCUGGCUUCGUGCUGCGUCUACGGACAGUCUCUUUGCGAGGGAAUUCGAUUCGCAACCUUCGCCGACCCCGGUGAUUGCCGACAGUAUGUGGUUUGCUCGCAAGGACAAGCGAGCGUUCAACGCUGUCCGACGAGAUUCGUCUUCCAUCCGACCGUUCUGUUCUGCGUGAAAGAAUCACAGUACGAUUGUGCUCACGUGACAACGCCUACCCCGGAACCGGGAUCGACUGACUCCACUGAGCCCGUGACGAUCGAGGGCACGACGGAGGAGGUGUCUGGUUGUCAGCAAACGCGACCCAACUGGGAGUCAUUCUUCUGUGUGGAUGCUUGGCGCACCUUUGUCGCCAAUCCGACGAACUGCACCCAGUACAUCGAUUGUGCUUCCAACCCUCCGACCAGCAACCAUUGUCCGGAAGGAACGAUCUUCAACGAUAUUUACCAAGACUGCCAUCCGGAGGAUGAGGAUCGUGAGUGUGAAUUGGCCACCGUAAACCCACAGUACUGCGCCGAUCGUGCCGAUGGCAGCUAUCCACACCCGUUCCAGUGCAAUCGUUUCAUCACGUGCGUCCGGCGUGUGGUCCGAAUCGAAACCUGUCCGCCAUUCUUCGUGUUUGAUGCAACCGCAAACCGCUGCGUCACGGGCAAUCCAGUUAACUGUUCCAGUCUGUUUCCGUGAUGUUGCUGGCCGCUGACCGGUGCCUGAAGAAAGCCAAUAAAUGUCACUUGGGCACGGUUUAUGGCUCAGAGAGCAACAACAA